CACAGACGGGACAGACAAGAAUUCUAUCCUUUAUAUUAAGCACCCGCCAGCCAGCUAGAGAGCUCUCUCUUUUCUACUUUGCUGUCGUAGACAAUUUUUUCUUUUGGUCUCUUUUCUUUUUUUCCCCGGAAAUUAUUGGCCGUGGGGAACAACCAGGUUGCGGAACACGCUCCGAAUCACUGACGGACCAAUUCCGCCCUCACAGAAGUGCAGGAGUAGUUAUCUAUUUCAUAUUGAACUGCUCUACGGGGGCAAAAAGGGAGUUUAGAGAAUCGUCACAGUCUCGAGGUGAUCAGAUUUCAAUCACAAUGCCGUCUCAAGUAGCAACGUGCCUACGGCUUGCCAGGCAGUUUUCGUCCGAUGUCAACAAGCAUCAGCGAUUUCUCGCUCGAGCAUUCUCCACUACUCUCCGGCGGAAUGAGAUCAACAAAGUCUUGCCCUCGGCUGCAGAGGCCAUCAAAGAUAUGAAGUCAAAUUCGACUCUUCUGGCGGGCGGGUUCGGUCUCUGUGGUGUCCCAGAUACACUGAUCAAUGCUGUUAGAGAAAACCCACGCAUCACCGGCCUGACGGCCGUCAGUAAUAAUGCGGGUGUGGACGGUUCAGGCCUAGGUCUGCUCCUGCAGAGCAAGCAGAUCAAGAAGAUGAUCGCCAGCUACGUCGGAGAAAACAAGACCUUCGAACGCAUGUACCUGACCGGCGAGAUUGAAUUGGAGUUGACACCCCAGGGGACACUAGCUGAGAGGUGCCGUGCCGGAGGAGCUGGAAUUCCUGCUUUCUACACGCCUGCUGCGUUCGGCACUGUCGUGCAGACUGGCGAUCUGCCUCUGAAACACAACAGCGAUGGUACCGUCGCCCUCUACAGUCAACCACGAGAUGUCAAAGUCUUCGACGGGAAGAGCUAUGUCAUGGAAGAGUCAAUCAAAGGAGACUACGCCUUUGUGAAGGCCUGGAAAGCGGACAAGCUUGGUAACUGCCAGUUCCGAUAUGCCGCCGCCAACUUCAACGGGGCCAUGGGUCGCAAUGCGAAAAUGACCAUCGUCGAGGCAGAGCACAUCGUUGAAGUGGGUGAGAUAGAGCCUGCGGCGGUACACCUUCCCGGUAUCUAUGUCAAGCGUGUCAUCCAGAGCACGGAGGCGAAGAAUAUCGAAAAGUAUACCUUUGCGAAGGAAGACGGCGCCGAUAUGUCCGCCCUGGGUAAGGGAGACACUGCCAACAAGCGUGAGCGCAUUGUCCGUCGAGCAGCCAAGGAGUUCAAGAACGGCAUGUACGCCAACCUGGGGAUUGGUAUGCCUAUGUUGGCGCCCAACUUCGUGGAUCCGUCCGUGCAGGUGAUGUUGCAGUCGGAGAACGGAAUCCUGGGUCUCGGCCCCUACCCGAAGAAAGGCCAGGAGGACCCUGAUCUGAUCAACGCUGGAAAGGAGACUGUGACGCUGCUCCCAGGUGCCGCAUGCUUUGGCAGCGAUGAGUCCUUUGGCAUGAUCCGCGCAGGAAGAAUCGAUCUCACCAUCCUGGGUGCCAUGCAGGUUAGCGCCAAGGGUGACCUGGCCAACUGGAUGCUUCCCGGAAAAAUCAAGGGCUUUGGUGGAGCGAUGGACCUUGUCUCCAACCCAGCCGCAACGAAGGUCGUAGUGACCAUGGAGCAUACGGAUAAGAAAGGAAACCCCAAGAUUCUCAAGCAGUGCGAGUUUCCGCUGACGGGCAGAGCCUGCGUCAGCCGCAUAAUCACAGAACUGGGUGUCUUUGACGUUGAUUUCACCGAUGGACUGACGCUGGUGGAGAUUGCGGACGGUGUUACGGUUGACGAGGUGCGGGCUAAGACUGAGGCUCCGUUCAAGGUGGCAGAUGACUUGAAGCCAAUGCUAUAAAUACCCCCUUUUAAAAUGUGUUCCAUAGAUGAUUUAUGUUCCUUUGCUCUUGAUGGGUUGUCCACGGCAAGUAGUAUGUCAGUAAGGCAGCA